CAGUCUACGUCACUUCUGGAUGUCAAUAUGCGGCUCGUUGCGGCGCUGGGAGAGCGAACCUGCGGGAAGAUGUGAACCGAGUCCCCGGCGAACACCAGCCAACACACCGACACUCACCUCCGUGGGAACGCGUACCUCGGGCCCGACCAACGGAAGCUCGGCCCGCGGGCAGCUCGUCCGGGUCUCUCGCCCCCACCAGCAGCGGAGCGUCUGUCUGAAAGCAGCCAUCUUUAGCGAGAGGAUGUUCGGGGCCUGCUCGGGCUCCAGCCGGGGCCGGAGCCCGCUGAUGCUGACCGCCGCUCUCCUGCUGUCGCUCGCCGGGCUGCUGUCCGGGCUGCCCGCCUCCACCGAGGCGAAGGACUGCGACAAGCCGUGCAUGAACGGCCAGUGCAACGCCGCCACCGGCAGCUGUGUGUGCUUCCCCGGCUGGGUCGGGGACCAAUGCCAGCACUGCGGAGGGAGAUUCAGGCUGACGGGACCCUCCGGUUAUCUGAGUGACGGACCAGGAAACUACAAGUACAAGACAAAGUGCACGUGGCUCAUCGAGGGACAGCCCAACACUGUACUUAGAUUAAGGUUCAACCACUUUGCCACCGAGUGCAGCUGGGACCACCUCUACGUGUACGACGGAGACUCCAUCUAUGCUCCGCUGCUCGCUGCCUUCAGUGGUCUUAUUGUUCCGGAGCGUUAUGGGAACGAGACGGUUCCAGAGGUGGUGUCUCAGUCUGGCUACGCCCUGCUGCACUUCUUCAGUGAUGCAGCCUACAACCUGACCGGCUUCAACAUUUCCUACAGGGUGAAUUCAUGUCCCAACAACUGCUCAGGCCACGGCGAGUGUCGUGUGGGGAACGCCAGUACUUCGGUGCUCUGCGAGUGUGAAGCCAACUGGAAGGGAGAAGCCUGCGACGUCCCGUACUGUCUUGCUGACUGCGGCUACCCCGAGCGAGGUCACUGCCAGGACGAGUCCUGCGUCUGCGAGACAGGAUGGCAAGCUCCAGACUGCUCCGUCUCAGCUCCUGCAAAUUCCUCUUUCUGGACCCGGGAGGAGUACACUGAGGCAGGGCUGGCUAAGGCCUCCCACAAGGCUGUGGUGGACCAGGGCAUCAUGUGGGUCAUCGGCGGAUACGUCUUCAACGCCUCUGACUAUCACGUAGUCAAAGCGUAUAACCUCAGCAGCAAGAAGUGGCUGACCCUCGACCCCUCCGUCAACACGGUCACGCCACGAUACGGCCACUCGCUGGCUCUUCAUGAGGGAAAGAUCUUCAUGUACGGAGGAAAGAUCGACUCCUCGGGAAACGUGUCCAGCCAGCUUUGGGUUUUCUACAUCCAGAACCAGACCUGGGUCCUCCUGAGUCCCCGGGCCAAGGAGCAGUAUGCUGUGGUGGGACACUCUGCCCACAUUGUGCCGUCCUCCCAGGAGGGGGGCGACCCCAUCAUGCUGGUUCUGUUUGGACACUGUCCUCUGUAUGGUUACAUCAGCCAGGUCCAGGAGUACAACAUCGGUAAGCUGGACAUGAUGUCAGGGUGUUUGACAGGGUUGUCUUGAGCUUCUUUCGGGAAA